AUUUUAUGCGAAUAAAACCUCAAGAAACCAAAAUUCCCAAAACCCCCUCUCCACUCCUCCUAACGCAGACCGCACUCUCAAAGUCCCACAGAAUACGUCCGCCAAAAAGAGCUUCCUCUGCUCUCCUGUCCGCUCUUCUGCAUAUACCCUGAAUUUUUUGACACAGAUUUGUGUCCAAACUUAAGAUUCUUAUACAGACCGAAAUAUAGAUAGAGCAAUUGAUGGGUAGAAGUAGAGUUGGAACUUAUGAAUGUAGGAAAUGAAAAGUGGAUAUUUUUUAGGUUCUUUUUCAAUGCGUUAUGGCAUGCCAGCAGUUGAAGAAGAAGAAGAAGCAGCAUCAUUACAGUUGCUGUUUAGGAAGUUUUUAUUCACAUCUAGAUCUUUGCCUAAAAGAUUUGAUGAUUCUUUCUUUACCAAGGCAAUGAAAAGUAUGCAUCGGUUCUUGUUUAUCUUCUUGCUCUUCUUUGCUCCAAUUGAACCUAUAACAGUUCAAGCAUUCACUGGAACAUAUGGAAUAAAUUAUGGAAGAAUUGCUGAUAACAUCCCUUCACCUGAUGAAGUUGUUACACUUCUUAGGGCAGCAAAGAUAAGGAAUGUUCGGAUUUAUGAUGCUGAUCAUAGUGUUCUCAAAGCAUUUAGUGGGAGUGGGCUUGAACUUGUGGUCGGGCUUCCAAAUGACUAUGUGAAAGAAAUGAGCGCUAAUGCAAGCCAUGCCAUGGCUUGGGUUAAAGAAAAUGUGCAGGCAUUUCUCCCGAAAACAAGUAUUCAAGGUAUUGCUGUAGGGAAUGAAGUUCUAGGAGGAAAUGAUUAUGAACUCUGGGGAGCUCUUUUGGGUGCGACUAAAAAUGUUUACAAUGCCUUGAAGAAGCUUCAUUUAGCUGAUGUAGUUCAGAUUACUACUGCACAUUCGCAAGCUGUAUUUGCGAAUUCCUAUCCUCCCUCUUCGUGUGUAUUUAGAGACAAUGUUUCUCAAUUCAUGAAGCCACUUUUGGAGUUCUUCUCUCAGAUUGGCUCCCCAUUCUGCUUGAAUGCUUAUCCAUUCCUGGCCUAUAUGAGUGAUCCGGAGAAUAUUGAUAUUAAUUAUGCUCUUUUUCAGAAAACUCAGGGUAUUUAUGAUCCAAAAACUGAUCUGCACUAUGAUAACAUGCUUGAUGCUCAGAUUGAUGCAGCCUAUGCUGCAUUAGAAGAUGCUGGAUUUAAAAAGAUGGAAGUCAUAAUUACUGAGACAGGCUGGGCUUCACAUGGAGAUGAUAAUGAAGCUGCAGCAACAGCUGAUAAUGCAAGAAUGUAUAAUUAUAACCUGCGCAAAAGGCUUGCAAAAAAGAAAGGUACUCCUCUCAGGCCAAAAAUUGUCGUAAAGGCAUAUAUUUUUGCGAUAUUUAAUGAGGAUUUGAAACCUGGGCCAACUUCUGAGAGGAAUUAUGGACUGUUCAAGCCUGAUGGAAGCAUUUCAUAUGAUAUUGGGUUUGAUGGACUUAAAUCUUCAUCUGCAGAUUCAUCGCUUUUGUCUAUGAAGAACCGAUGUGGGACGCAUCACUCCCGACCUCUUUAGACUGAACGUCCUUGUGAAGCAACCGGGGUCAUUACUCCUUCACGCCGACAUCUCCUGAAGAGCGUCUGGGAACCUUUGUACAUCAGGGAACCUUUGUAACCUUUGUACAUUAGGGAACCUUUGUACAUGGCCCACUGACUCAUACAGAGUGAGGCUCUAAUAUCAAAUGAUAUGAAUCUGCUUAAUUUUAUUUUAAAAGCUAGCUUACAAGGGGAGAUUUGCAAACCCAUAUAUAUAACACCCAAGACCUCCCUGCAGAACCGAUGGGGGAUGCAUUAGAGUUGGCUGUGUGCAUUUGAAAAUUGAAACAUACAAAAGUAAGUGUGUGUGUGUGUGUAAUAGAAAAGCUCUGUAAAGAAACCUGCAACAAUUCUUGCUUAAAAUCCCUUUUCUUCUCACUUUUCAACAGAAAAAUCCAUGUCUGAAUCAAUCCAACUAACAACACUUGACCUCGUCUUGCCUGACUUCAUAAGUGACUUGCUGUAAAAGGGAUUAUAAUAGGAGAAAGCUAGAACGUUUGAGCAUUGAUUGAUGCAGUCUUGUUUUGAGUUGACCAUUGCUACAUGUAAAAUGAUCUUCAACCUUACCAGUUAAAAUCUGGAUCAGUCUCUAAAAUUCUGAGCUGCUACUCGCCACUGAACUUUUCAUCUUACCACUAGUAGGGUGGUCCUUGGCCUAAAAAAAAAUGAGGACAGGUGUUAAUUCGUAGAUUAGAUUGCAAAUAAGAAUGAUGAGCAUAUCUCUACCUUUUUCUCUAAUUUUCAGAGCCCAACUUGUUCUGCAUCUUUAGUAUAUUAUUGUUUGUCAUUUUGAAGGUCAAACUAUAAAUCAAGCCCUGCAGCUGAUCUUAUUCUUUAAUGUGAACAAAAUUGUUACAUUUUGCUCUGCAUACACUGCCUUUUUCUCUUUUUUCUUCGAACCUAAUUCUCAGAAUUACACAGUAACUAAAUUACCCAAGCACUGGUUUGAGUUUAUUUGAGCAUCUUUAGUAUCAGUUUAUCUGAUACAUCAUCAGCCAAAAUGUAAUAUAUUUACUAAAUGCACCAAAAAAGUGAUCUAUGGUGUGAUGAUCUCUAUAUGGAAAAUAAAUUAUUAAUUUAAAAUAGGCAUUUUCAUUGUUGAAUAUUAUUUGGAUAAUAA